UACUCUGACUGUGCACGCGUUGCAAAACUAACCCAUUCGUCUCCAUUGGGGGUUACCGCUUUUUAUCUGACUAUAUGACGCAUUGCUGUAGCCCAUUUUUGGCUUUGCCACCGAAUAAUAUCAUUCUUGCGGAUAAAAAGCGACGGUCGAGGUGGUCGUGGGAUGGCAAGUCCAACUACAACAACAACACACGCUGCUGCUGUCAACUUGCACAAAAUGCCCGCUAAACAUCCACAAAAUGAAGAAAAGAGCGAUCAGAAGAUAGAUAUAUUCAGGCACACUCCAGUGAGAUAUUUAGGAUAUGCUAAUGAGAUAGGAGAGGCUUUCAGAGCUCAGGUUCAUGUUCGGGUUGUACAUGCGAGUUACCUGGUGGCCAGUGGUUAUGUUGUGGCAGAUGCAUUGCAUAAAGGUCAACAGGCUUUAGAGAAAUCCUCGUCCACUGACAAGGAGAGGACAAGUAAGGUGUUCACAGCUGUGAUGGACACUCUGAUAUGGCAAGGCCUAGCCUCUGUAGUUAUACCUGGCUUCACCAUCAACCGUAUCUGUGCAGCCACAGGCUUCCUGCUCUCACGACGCUCUUCCUUUCCCCUACUGACCCGCAAGUGGAUGACAACAGCUGUGGGGCUGGCGUGUAUACCACUGAUUAUUUCCCCUAUCGACAGAUCUGUCGAUUAUCUAAUGAACAACACCUUUAGGAAGUGGAUUCGAUUUGAUGAAGAUUUGGAAGAAGUUGUGUACCAUAAGAGGAAGGACUGAUGCCACGAGAGGUCAUGAUUUGAGAUUUUAGGACCUUCAUACUAUAGCAGUAAUGCCAACAGUGUAUGAAAUUCUAGGUGGAUUCACACUGGAUGGGAAAACCACAGUCAAGGCAAGUUUAAAAAAAUUAUUUGUUUGGUGUGUCUUUGAAUCCAUUAGAAAAAUAGGGUAGGACAGUUGAGAUUUUUUUUAUAGAUCUGGCAAAUGAAAAAAAUUGGCAUUUUUAAAGAAAUUAACAUGGGGAAAAAUAAAAAAUAAAUGACUUUGAUCAAAAUCCCAAUAAAAACUAUUAUGGUCAAACCAUCUUUUGAAAUGAGAGCUUGUAUUUUAUGUGAGGUUACAUCAACAGAGAAGUGAGAUAUCAGCUGUUGUUGUGGUUGCCCCAUCCUGUAGGAGUCCGCCUACAAUAGUCUCUGCUGUCUGACAAUCUUUAAGUCUCAAAUUUUUUGUGCAGUUUUCAAGUGCAUAUAUUAACAAAGCAAUAAUAUACAUACUUGUGUAUAUUCAGUAUAUAUAGGUUUAUUCUGUGAUGCGCAUUAUGUUCCAGUAUUAUGCAAAUGUAUUUGCUUGUCCUGUGUAAUUCCACUCGGUAUGUCCCUUCUUGCAGCAUUUGGCAGUUGAACUUUUAUUCAGUAAUGGAUUUUUUAUACUCUGAACUCCUGGAUUUUCAUUCUGUCCUAAUGCAUUAUACAUAUUGCCAAAGAAACUCUCGAUGUAAUAUCUGAAUUAUUCAGUGCUCCGGAGGAUUUUUGUUGUUGUUGUUGUUUUAACACUACAUAUGCAGUAGGAAUGUUACUGCGUGAUCGUAAAAGAGUUAAGUGAAUUUGUUUGCCAGGGUAUUUUUUAUUGUAUACGUGUGUAUGGAAUGGAUGUGACCUUUGUGAAUAUUUGUUGGAAAAAAUAUGUGAAGAAGCCUUUUUUCUUUACCUUCCCACGUGUUUAAUACAUUGCAUAUAUAUCGCACAUAUUCUAUCUUUGCUUCUCCCACUGACUUGGACAUAUUCUAUCUUCGCUUCUCCCACUGACUUGGACAUAUUCUAUCUUCGCUUCUCCCACUGACUUGGACAUAUUCUAUCUUUGCUUCUCCCACUGACUUGGACAUAUACUAUCUUCGCUUCUCCCACUGACUGGGACAUAUACUAUCUUCGCUUCUCCCACUGACUUGGGCUUCCAGGGAAUGACAUAAAGGCAACAGUACGUAGACUCUGUUGUUAGAAAGCAAACUGUGACUCACUUUCUGCUCCCACAAAAGGAAGGUUUUUGAUGACAAUAUGAUAUCGAGUUUGAUUGAAUGGUUUUAUGUGUGGAAAUCUGUGCUUUGCAAGUAGAAAAAUCUAACUGUGUGAAACUUUGAACCACCACCUUGGUAAAUUAUACAUUAAUGUUUCCAUGUGUCAGUGGAAGUGUGGGAUAGUUUCUAUGGUUACAAAGGGAGAAUGUUCCCAGAAACAGGUCCUUUGUCAGGAGAAUCUAAUAUGUCCAAAUGUGUGAAACGUUCAACCGUGGUGAUGACUGUUACUUACUGAGUGUAUGUAGUAUUUAUAACAUUGUACCAUCAGUCGCCACGAUAUCAUGCAUGGUACAGAGAGUACAGAUGUGUUGUUUGCUUACUACUCAUGAGUGGUACUGCACAUUGUAUUUAUAAUGUUGUACCUUCAAACCAUGCAUGGUAGACAGAGUACAGAUGUGUUGUUUGCUUACUACUCAUGAGUGGUACUGCACAUUGUAUUUAUAAUGUUGU